AUGUGGAUCUCUUUCACGGACGCUAUACCUGAACCACCACGUCUUCGUAUUGGAAAUGAGUUAAUAGAAAGGGUCAACGCUUUUAAAUUACUUGGCGUGUCGUUCCAAAAUAAUCUAAAAUGGAACGCACAUGUUGAAGAGAUUACACGUAAAGCAAAUAAACGCCUUUACCAUCUUAGAGAAUGCAGGAAAUCGCCGUUACCAGCUGAAGUCG